GGCGGCGGGAGCGGAGCGCAGCGCAUCCCGCAGCGGGCACCGCCGCCUCCGCCCGAUCUGGCGAAGCCCGCGGCAGCCAUGGCGCUGGUGAAGAGCGGUUGGCUUUGGCGACAGAGCUCCAUCCUGCGCCGCUGGAAGAGGAACUGGUUCGUCCUCUACCUGGAUGGCAGCCUGGUUUACUACCACGAUGAGACACAGCGGGACAUGGAUGGCCGGAUCCACAUCAAGUACAGCUGCCGGGACGUGCGGAUCGGCCGCGAGUGCAAAGACGUGCAGCCGCCCGAGGGGAGGAGCCGGGACUGCCUGCUGACCGUGGUGCUGCGGGACGGCUCCAAGACCACGCUGUGUGCUGAGAGCGAGGACGACGCCGUUGCUUGGAAGAUGGCCGUGCUGGAGGCUAAAUCCACCCCGGUGCACGUGUACGACCCCUACGACGACGACUACUACCAGACGGUGCCCCUGGACUCCCACCAGGCCGCCUACAUCAGCUCCGGCCACUACGGCCACCAGUACGGAGCUCCCGGGGUGACCCACGUCAUCGUGCGCGAGGAUCCCUACCGCGUCUCCGGGGACCAGAUGGCUCUGGGGCUGCUGGCGGGGGCCGCCACCGGCGCCGCCCUGGGCUCCUUCAUGUGGAUGCCGUGCUGGUUUUAGCGGCCACCAGGCUGGGCCACAGCUCCGCUCUGCUCCCCAGCCCCGCCUUGGAACCUGCCCUGAACCCCCUUCAGCCUCCCCAAAACACCCUGGGGACAGACUCCCGCACACGCCGCACUCCCAGCCCUGGCUCCUGCAUUAAAUAACGCUCAAGUGCUUCAGAACCCACCCAAAACCCGCUCCAGAACCCCACAGCAUCCGAUUCCCAUUGGCAGAGGGCCCAGGCAGCUGCCCGGGCUGUUGGCAGAGCUUCCCCACCCCAAAUCUCCACAGGGAGCUGGCUGCAGAAAUACCGGGUUUGGGAGCAAGGGGUACACUUAAUUUGGGAGGAAUUGACUGGGUGUUUUUUUGGCUGGGUGAACCCCACAAUGCAGAGGCUUUUUAAGGGCUUUGUUUUGGGAGAGGCUCCAGCACUGGAGCAGGAGCUGACACAGGGGAAAGCACAGGGAUGCUCAAGAGGUGGGCAAAAGAUUUAGGAGGAUGAAAACAUUUGCAGGAUUCCACUCCUUUCCAACUCACACUUGUCCCCUGGGCAUGGCCAAGUUGGAGAAAUGGUGCAAAGCCCUCAGGAACUGGAAUUAAACCUUUGGGAACUAGGCCAUGAAGAGCCCAGGGAAUAUCCCAACCUCUCCAGCCAAAUGAGAGGAACACACAGCAUCCUCAGUUUCACCCUGAUUUUUGGGAGAGCGAGAAGGGCAGCUCUCCUUGGGGACCAGGGAGCCUUUCUGGCAGCCAAGCCGGGAUCUUCACAGCAGGGAUUUGGGAUUGAGGAGGACACGUGGUCAGGCCAGGGGGGACAAGCAGCAGCUCAGGGUUUUGGUUGGGCGAUGGAAGAGGUGAGGAACAGUUGCCAAGUGUCACCCCUAGAGCCAGGAUGGUAUCCUGGAAUGACUGACAUUGAAUUUAGGAAUUACAAACCCCACAGCUGCAUAGAAAACCACCAGUGACACCAGCACCCCAGCCUGCUCCUUCCUGCCUUUAGAGUCCUGGGUCAGCUCAUCCCUGUGCCCGCUGGGGGAUUGGGAUAUCCCAACACACCAUCCUCAUCCUCUCCUGCAUUCCCUGCCUCCCUCCUGCUGCGCACCCGCUCCCGGAAAGAGAAAAAAAAUACGAAAAAACCUCUUUGAAGUCUAAUAAAGGCAG